CUGGCGGUCUGCAAAUCAUCAAUCAGCUCCGGCAACUUUCAAUUGCAAGACGCAAACCGCAAACCCCGCAAAAAGCUAACUUGAAAAAUGAAAAUCUUCUCGCUUGGUGGUGUCCUUACCCUCUCUGCCGUGGCCAGCGCCUUGGCUGCUCCCCAACUGGAAACCCGUUUCCGCCGCGAUGUCUCCGAAUUGGUGGACGCCUCUGCUCCGGAAUACCUUCCGCCUUCGGUCACCGAAGCUGCUCUGCUGAGUGCCGCCGAUCCCGAGGCUCCUGCCGUUGAGGAAGAAUCUGGCACUGUUCUGGGUGAUGAAGGCUACGAAUACCAAACCGUACGCCGCCUUAAGCUGCGCCACCGCAACCGUCGGGAUGUGUCCCACCUGCAGCCCGCUCGGCAGUACCUGCCCCCCGGCCAGGCUUACUUGCCGCCCACCCAGGCCCCAGCUGCCGCCCCAGCUCCAGCCCCUGCCGACGAUACUGAGGAGGUAGUGUCCGCCGCUGAGCCGAAGGUCAACCGGGAGUAUCUCCCACCCACCGAAGCCGCUCCCCCGGCAGAAGAGACCACCGAGGCGGCCGCCCCUGAGGAGGAGCCCCAAGCCGAUGUCCGUGUGGUGGAUGUACCCACUGUCUCCGGGCAGCUGCUGCAGGAUGGAUACCACUACCAGCAGCCGGCCGAGGCGCCAGCAGCGCUGCGUGAGGCUGCCAGGGAGUAUCUGCCCCCAGUGGGCGGAAAGGAGGUCAUCGUGGAGGGACCCGCCGGAGGGGAGAGCGCCGUGUUGACCAACGAUGGUUACCAGUACCGUGCUGUCAGGCGUUACAGAUUUUAAAUUCUUCAAUUUGCCUUCGAUUUG